AUGUUAAGUGGAAUAAAUCCAUCACCAUCAGACGAAGUCAAUCGUCAAUCGAGUGCAAUAGCUAAACGUCGUGAACAAUUACGUCGUUGGGAUGAAUCAGAAACAAAUCGAGAAUCAUCAAAUGUUAAAAUCUCUCAACGUGUCAAAUUUCAACAAGCAUAUGUUUUCUUAGCUGCAUGUUCAUCAUCAGAUCGUGAUGAAGUUGAAAAAUUAUUACAACGUGGAGUUGAUAUAAAUACAUCAAAUAUUGAUGGACUCACAGCACUUCAUCAAGCUUGUAUUGAUAAUAAUUUGCUCAUGGUAGAAUAUUUGCUCAAUCGUUCUGCCGAUAUAAAUUGUCAAGACAAUGAAGGAUGGACACCUUUACAUGCAGCAUCAUCUUGUGGAAAUAUUGAUAUUGUUAAAUAUUUAUUAUCUCGUGGUGCUACUGUUGAUGUUUGUAAUAAUGAAGGUGAAUUACCAAUUGAUAUAGCUGAAGGUGAUGAUAUAAUUGCUUGUUUGGAAGAAGAUAUGAGAAGAAAAGGUAUUGAUGAUGAACAAGCAAGAAAUAUUGAACAUCAAUUAAUGCUUAAACAUGCACAAGAUUGGUUAAAUAAUAAUCAAAAAACUAAUUCGAAAUCUUUACCAGAAACUAUUGUACAUGCAAGAACGGGUGCUACUGCUUUACAUGUUGCGUGUGCGAAAGGAUAUUUAGAUGUUAUUGAUAUUUUAUUACGUGCUGGUGCAAAUAUAAAUUCAGUUGAUAAUGAUGGUUGGACACCUUUACAUGCAGCUGCACAUUGGGAUAAACAUGAUAUUAUUAAAUUUCUUUUGGAAAGAAAUGCAGAUUUAGAUUCAAAAAAUUUUGCAGGUCAAACACCGCUGGAUGUAUGUGAUGGUGUGACAUAUGAAUUAUUAAAAGAAUUAAAAGAAAAACGACCUCCUGUAAAAUCACCUGUUAAUGAAACGCCAGAUAAUAUUCUUGCACCAUGGAAAAGAAAACCUACAUCUACUCGAACAGUAGAUGAACAUAAAUCAAUUCUUCGAACUGAAUCACAUAAUGAGAAUAUAGAAACAACGAACAAAAUACCUCCACAGUCUUGCUUACCCUCAUCUUCCUUACCAUUAUCAGUCAAUCCUAAUUCUGUUGAUGAGAAUUUACCCAAUUGUUCGCCUAGUAUAAAGGAGAAAUUAAGUAGUCUACAACGAUCAUUACAUGAUUUAAGUAAUCGAUAUUUAAAAACAAAUCAAGAAGAGCCACCAAAUGCAUCAACACCGAAUAAUAAUUCAACUAAUAAUGAUCUGAAUAAAUCUAAUACAUCUUCUUAUGAUCAACGAACAGCAAAACCAUCUUUUGAUAAAUUAGUAUCUAAUUCAACUACAACAUCAACAACAACAACACCAACAACAACAACGAGUCGACCAGCACUUUUAUCAACAAAUAAAUAUUCAAUAUCAAAUUCUCAACGAACAUUUACAAAUCCACUUCAAUCAUUAACAGCAAAUAAUAAUAAUAUUAAUAAUGAUUUAUCCAGUCGUGAGAAUUCAACAGGAAAUAUCGCUUCAUCUCCAACUCAAUCAUUGGAUACUAAAAUCAAUCGAAGAUGGGGUACAACGGAUCGAACAGUGGGUGAUGGAACAUUAACAACACCAAAUAAUACAGGUCCAUAUGUUCGUCGUCGAUCAGGUGCUGGUGUUAAUGAACCAACACCAAUACCGACAUCGACACCUACACCAACACUAACAACCCCAUCAGUACCAGUAUCAGUGCAAGCAUCAGUACCACCUCCUCCUCCAACAACAUCAACAGUCGUUAGUGUAACAACAUCUCUUCCAUCUGUAACAUCAACUCCAACAACAAAUGUAACAGUAACAUCAUCAUCAAAUCCACUUGAUGAUUCAACUGGUGGAAAACGACGAUCAAAUGUUCCACCAAGUCGUGAUGAAGAAGCUGAAGCACAACGUAAACAUCGUUCAGCACAAGCACGAAGAGAACGACGUUCAACACAAAGUGUUACUGUUGAAGAUAUAAAAGCAGCUGAACAACAAAUAAAAAGUCAACCAAAUACAACUGAAACAUCUACAUCAACAAUCACAACAGUAACAAUUCCACAACCAGUAGCCAAUAUUAUUGAAACAACAUCUAAUGUAACGUUAUCAAAUAAUAAAAUUGGUGCACCAUCAACGCCAUCAAUAGUUGCUGAACAUGAUAUUGAAACUGAACGUUUACAACGUGUUAUUGAAGAGAAAAAAGAAAAAGCAAGAAGAUUAAGUGGAAACGAGGAUACUAUUGAGACGACUGUUGACGCAUCUUCAUCCUGUGGAUCACGUCGACUACGAUCGAGAUUUACAUCUGCGGAUACUGACAAUAUUGUCCCAUCAAUCACAGCUAACGAUUCAUUGAAUCUUGGUGUUAGUGGUUCGUUAGAUUCACAACAGCAACAACAACAACCACGACGACGAACAAAUCGUGUACAUAAUCAGAGAAAAAAUACUGGAAGAAUCAUUUGGAACGACGAAACAAAAGAAGUUGAAAUUCGUGAUGAUACAAAUGAUUUAGUUCCAAAAACAUCUUAUCAACAAGCAUCAAGUGAAGAAUCUCAUCGAUCCGACGAUCAAAAAUUACAAGAUAACGCUCAACAACAUACAACAUCUAAUAGUGGUUUACUUGGUUCACGUGGUCUUAUCUCUCGAUUUGAAAAUACUCCAUCAUCAGCAUUAUUAACAACUAAAGAAUCUUUAGCAAAUCUAUCACCAACAUCUCCACCACCCACAUCAACUUCAUCAACAACACGAAAUAUUCGUUCUCAAAGUCAAGAUCCAUCACGUAAAACUUUAACAUUAACGACUUCUUUACCACAAUCAAAUCCAAAUACUAUUAUGAAUGGUAUGGCUACAUCAACACCAUUUGCAUUAAAAAAAGAUUCUAAAGAAAAUACUGCACUAUCAUCAACAGGAACAUCAACAACAAAUAAUGAUACAUCAGCUGUGAAACGAUUACAUGAUGAUUCUAAACGUAAAAUGGAUGAAUUAACACAAAAAGUAGAUCGAUUAGAACGAGAUAUCGCUGAAAGAGAUCAAAUCAUUGAAAAACUCAAAACAUCACAGUAUAUCGAAUCAUCACUUGAUAAACGAGAAAAACGAGCAUAUGAAAGAAAAAUAUCUGAAUUAGAAGAAGAGUUGAAAAAAAUGGACUCAAUCAAAGCAGAUAAUACACGUUUAAAAGAAGAAAAUGCUGCAUUGAUUCGUGUUAUCAGUAAACUUUCGAAAUGA